GCGCGCGUUGAGGGAUCCGCGCGACCGCGACGUCAUGCCGCACGAGGACGAUGAGGUUACGGAGGAAGAGUACCAGGCCGCGCUCAAAGCGCUGCAAGGCACGAUCAGCGGCAAGACGCGGACGGCGCCGAAGGGACCGAACGACCUCUCCUGGGAGGCGCAGUUCGAACGUCUGCACGAGGUCAUCGCUCGCGUCGGGAUGACGUCGGCGGUGAACGACCUGAGCGUGAUACACGUCGCGGGGACGAAAGGCAAAGGCAGCACGUGCGCAUUCGUGGAGCACGUCCUGAGGAAGUGCGGCACGAAGACCGGGCUGUACUCCUCCCCGCACCUCGUGGACAUACGAGAGCGGUUCAGGAUCGACGGCGUGCCGGUGUCGAGGACGGCGUUCACGCGAAACUUUUGGUGGCUGCGCGAUAAGCUGCGCGAGACGGGGUGCGAGGAGGAGUUCGGGAUGCCCGCGUACUUUCGGUUCCUCACGCUCUUGGGGUUUCGAAUAUUCUCCCAGGAAGGCGUCGAGUGCGCGGUCCUCGAGGUCGGGUUAGGAGGGCGAUUAGACGCGACGAACGUCGUGAAGGCGCCCGUGGCGUGCGGCGUGACGUCGCUCGGGAUGGACCACGUCGAAGUGUUGGGUGACACGAUCGGGAAGAUCGCGUACGAAAAGGCGGGUAUAUUCAAACCGUCCGUCCCCGCGUUCACGUCGCCGCAGCCGGAAGAAGCGAUGGAGUCGCUUCGACGUCGCGCGAGGGAGGUGGGCACGAGCGUGUCGACCGUGGACGGGUUGGAGUCGUACGAACGCGGCGCCGGCGGCGGUGAGGUGGCGUUGGGACUCGCGGGCGGGCAUCAGCGUCUGAACGCCGCGCUCGCGAUUCGGCUGCUCAGGGAGUGGGGCAACAGCGCGAAUCCGCGGCCGGCGUGGGGCGAGGCCGCGGAGGCGGAGCUAUCCGCGGGCGUGCUCCCCGAGCGCUUCCGCGACGGGUUACGAGAGACGGAGUGGGCGGGACGCGCGCAGGUCGUCCCGGACGUCACCGCGGUGGACGACGACGGAAGCGGUGACAAGUCGGAAAUGGCGCCGAACUUGCUGUGGUACCUCGACGGCGCGCACACGGAGGAGAGCAUGCGGCAGUGCGCGGAGUGGUUCGUCUCCGCCACGAAGAAGGACGAGGAAGCGUCCGGCGGUUCCGGCGGCGGUUCCGACGGCGGCGGGACGCCCCCCGCGUCUAAACCCGUCCGCAUGCUCAUGUUCAACUGCAUGGAAGAGCGCGACCCCGAGACGCUGCUCACGCCCACCGCGCGCGUCCUGAGCGAGCACGACGCCCCCGUGUGCCGCCCUUCCAUCUUCGUGCCGAGCGAGAGCAGCAGUUUGGACUUGAAGCCCGUGAGCGACCCGCGAGAGUCCACGGCGUGGCAGGAGAAAACCGCGCGGACGUGGGCGCGGUUGUCGUUGAAGUACCCGCGCGCGGUGACGCCGCCGCCCGCGACGACGGACGCGGUGGCGGCGGCGCGAGCGGCGGCGGCGGCGCGGGUGGCGGCGCCGGCCACGAUCCCGACGGUUGACAUUCCGUCUUCCGCCGGCGGGGACUCGACGCGAGACCUCGCUUCGGUCGUGGUGCCGUGCAUGCGUCAGGCGAUCGAGAGGGUGCGCACGCGCGCCGCGGAGGAGCGGAGGCUGAAGUCGGGGCGGCGCGUGCACGUGCUCGUGACCGGGUCGCUGUAUUUAGUCGGCGACAUGCUCCGCUUGUUAGGGCGCGCGUGCUAGAUAGGCGGGUAGGAGACUUACGGGGACGAGUAACCGACGAAAACGGAC